CUCUUUCUCUUUCAACAACCAGUUUGCCUUUCUGCUAACUACAUUGACAGACGAUGCCUGAGGGUCUCCAAACAAUGGAAUCUCUUCUUCGAAUCCUUGCCCUCACUAUGGGCAGAACUAGACUUCUCACGCGCACGCAGACCGAUCCGCGUGACUGCUAUUCGGGCAUGCAUGCGCAGAUCCAGAGGCAAAGUACUCUGCGCCAAACUCAACCGCGUUGCCGUCCAAGACAGCGACAUCCUCACGACCUUGACCACGCGAUGCAAAGAACUUCGACACCUCGAAAUCGUCAACGGUUUCUCCGGAAGCUCCAUUCUCGACGCUGCACCACUAGCUAUGAACCUCGAGAGUAUCGUCCUCUCCGAAGCCGCAGAAAUGAGUCUUGACGGGGCAAAUGUGCUUUUGCAAAAAUGUCCCAACCUCCAACGGGCUGAAUUCAAAAAUCUCAUAUCCGCUGGGAACCGAAUGGCCUGGCCUGUGAAAAUGGAGAAUCUGCGCAUAUUACGGCUCGAAUCGGGGUCGAAAAAAGUGUCAUCUGUUUUUCUCAACCUCAACGCUCUCUUCGAGCACGCCCCCAACAUCACCGAGCUCAGCAUCAUCGGAUGGCUCAAAGACAACCUCCCGCUCGUCGCCCCUGACUUCGGGAAACUCCCCCACCUUACGCAUCUGACACUAAACCCCGUUCCGACCGCCGUCUUUCCUCGCCUUCCCGCAAGUCUCACGUCCCUGAGCAUGUCCGGGUGCUACAGCAUGGACUUCUUCUCGCACCCCAUGACGCAAAUCAACCUCUCGAGUCUGCGUCUCGAGAAUCUCACCGAACUGCGGAUCCACGACGGACAGUAUCUCCCUGCGGACGUAGCGCGGACUUUACUUGCGCAUUGCCGUGGCGACGACAAGCUCCGCAUUCUCGGCAUCACGCGGUGUCUCUUCAUCAACGAUACCGUCAUACAACAGUUUCUGGACGAAGGCGUGCUAGUCGCGGAACACCUGGAAGAGCUCGAUCUUUCGGAUAAUGCGAGUAUUACUGAUACGACGGUCGAAGCGCUCGCGCAGCAUGGCGUGGCUGCGCUGAAAAAGCUGAAUCUCUCACGGACGCGCGUGACAGGGGCUGGUCUCAAGACGCUGGUGACGCAUCCGAAAGCGAACAAGCUGGAGCGGCUGGUCCUGAAUGGAUGCACGUCCAUGGGCAUCGACGCGGCAGAGUAUAUCAAGACGAAAGGGAUAGCUGUGGAGUUUCGGUUCCCGGAUAAUCUCAAAUACGGCAAGAGGAUUCGAUACGGAUGAAGUGCCCAUCUUUCAUAGAAUCAAUGACCCAACACAAGUAUCAACAAGGGGAUAUGCGGUUUCCGUUAUACACCUUUCCGUUCAAAAACGCACUACAAUAAUGAAAUUUUCCG